AUAUCUAAAAUGUUCUCAAAACUUCUAUGCACCGAUGUACUUGCUGUUCGAUGCAUUGAUAAUUUAAUUUUUAUAGCUAUGGGAUGUACAUUAUACAUUUUUAAUGUUGAUACUUAUAAGUUUGAAAGGAAAAUAAAUUGUCUUUAUCCAUAUAAUAUACAUGGAAUUAUUGAAGGCCCCGAUAAUAAAUUAACUGUGUUUGGUGCUCAUUUUUUUUGUACAUAUAACAUUUAUCACAAACAGGGAACACUGAUUAUUAAAGAAGAUUGCAAUAAAAAUGUACUUAAUGAUUGGAUAAUAGCUGCAAAAUGGUUAACAUUUGAAAAAUGUAACUAUUUAUGUGUUCUUUUAGCACAUAACAAUAUUUGUAUUUAUAAUGUGCUUGGUAAAUAUUACCAAAGUACAUGGUGUGAAGAAAGAUGCAUUCUAUAUGGUGGUUCUAUAUUAAAUAACAACAAUAAAAACCUAAUUAUUUUUAGUGGAACAGUAUAUCAAGAAAUAUUAAUAUGGGAAGUAAAUUAUAUGUAUCAUGCUGAAACUGCAUCAGUUUUACAUCGUUUACAAGGACAUAAUGGUGUAAUAUUUUCAGUCAUAUAUGAUCCGGCUACACAACUUAUUUGUUCUACUUCAGAUGAUAGAACUGUCAGAUUAUGGAAAGUAAGUAAUGGAAAAAACAACGAUGGUAAUCUCAUAAAUUGGAAAGAAGUCAAUAUAAAAUUAAUGCGAACAAUGUUUGGUCAUACAGCAAGGGUGUGGAAAUCUAUUAUUAGGAAUAAAGUUUUAAUAACAAUAGGCGAGGAUUCUCUUAUAUGCAAUUGGUCAUUGGAUGGUAAAUUACUUAAAAAAGUUUGUGCUCAUCAUGGUGCUGCUAUAUGGAGUAUUGAUAUAUCAGAUGAUAACAAAAGUAUCUUCACUGGUGGUGCUGAUGGUGCAGUUCAUGCAUGGCCUUUUGUAAAUAAUUAUAUUCAAGAAACUGUAGUAAUGCCUAAAAUAUGUGCAUACGCUUCACCAAAAUAUGUUUCUUACUUGAGUAGUGGCAACUAUAUAAUUUUUAAUGAAGAUGGUACUUUACUUAUGUUUGACAGAUGUCAUAAUAAUCAGCAAGAGACACUAUACUUACAAAAAUAUAGCACAUAUUGUGUUAUGGAAGUUUCUUUAUGUCAUUCCUAUAUUUGUUUUGCUUCAAGAGAUGGAUAUAUAACAAUAUACAAAGAAGUUGCAGCUAAUAUAAAACUAGAUCAAAUUUUAGAAGAAAAGAUAAUGGAAUCACAAAUACUUUCUGUACAGUGGUUAGAAAAUAAUAAAUUAGUAAUUUGUGGGAUAAAUGGGGUAUUAAAAAUAUUUAAUUUUACUGUGACAGGAUCAAUUAUUUUACAAUCAGUAUGUAUCUUACCAUAUAGUCGCGAACGUUGGUUAACAGCUGCUGUACUAUAUGAAGGCUUGUUAGUAUGUGGUGAUAGAGCUGGAAAUAUGUAUGUUUUUGAGUAUGAAAAAUUUAUUCCAUGUAAUGAAAAAAGUGUUUCUGGAAUGGAUCUGAUGAAACAGAAACCUAUUCAAACAUUUGUCAAAGUUCAUGGAAAAAUUGGUAUUCAAAAUUUUAUAAUUUUAAAUUCAAAAUUAAUAUCAGCUGGUCGUGAUAGAAUGUUAAAGUUUUAUGAAUUAAGUAAACAUGAAAACACUAAAUUAUUGAACACAUUACAUCAACAGAAAAUGCCAAUGGAUUGGAUUAGUGGCCAUUUAAAAUUGUCUGAGGAUAUUCUUGUAUUAGGUUUUAAAGAGGUAGAAUUUACAAUAUACAGUAUGUUUCAUCAUCGAAUUUUGAUGAGAGUUCCUUGUGGUGGUGGUCAUAGGUCAUGGGAUUGUAUGUUACUGAAUGAAUUUAUUACAUUUCUGUAUAUUCGCAAUAAGCAAGUAUACAUAUCUGAUUUUCCACUGUAUUCUUUCACAUCACCUAUUUUAUUAAAUGGUUUUCACACAAAAGAAAUAUACUGUAUCAAUCCAAUAUUAAAAGUUGAUCAGUAUAAUGCCUUUAUAUCUGGAAGUGAAGAUGGUACUAUUCGUAUUAGUUAUAUUUCAAAUAUAUUGAUGAAAAACAAUUACACUUUUCAAACAUUAAGUAUAUUUAAUGGUCACAUUUCCAGUGUAAGAUUUCUAACUUGUUUAAAUUUACAAUCUGAUACUUUAUAUAAUAAAUAUCUAAUUUUUUCGGGGGGUGGAAGAGCACAAAUAAAAGUUUGGGAAAUUGAUAUUAAAAUUAGUAAAACAUUUUUACAAAGUACAGAUAUUUCUUGCCAUGACAUUACAUCUCAUAUGUUGUAUGGAUUUGAUCGUCACCGUAAAAAACAAUGGCAAAAAUGUAAUUCUUUUUAUAAUAUACAACCAGAAACUCGAUAUAUGGACGUAAAGAUAUAUCGUUGCAAUACUAAUUUAAACUAUGUAGUGCUUUUUGUUGCUUGUGCAGAUGGAUUUGUAAGAAUAUUUUUAUAUGAUAUUAAUAUAAAAAGUGUUUCAUUAAAAGCACAUGCAAAGUGCGUUGAUCGCUGUAUAACAAAAAUAACUGUUUUAACAUAUGAUGAGAAGAUAAUUGUAUUAAUUAUGUCAACUGAUGGAAUUGCUCGAUUCAUCGAUUUUACUGAUACUGUUUCAAUAAUUAUAAAAUUUCCACAAACCAAAGAAGAAGGAUCCCAAAAUUGUAAAAGCAUAUCCAUCGCAAAGUUUAACUUACAUCAAUCUGGAAUUAAUUCAUAUGAUAUAAAAAUAAUAGGAAAAGAUGAAUAUUUGUUAGCAACUGGUGGUGAUGAUAAUUUAUUUAACCUUGUUCAUUUUAAAAUUCAGUUAUUAAGCAAGGAGAAAGAAUUAUACAUCUCAUUAUUAUCAAAAUGGAAUACUUCAACUGCACAUGUUGCUCAAAUCACAGGAAUAAUAUUUCACGAAAAGAAUACAAUUUUCAGUGUUGGCAUGGAUCAGCAAGUAAUUAUGUAUCGUUAUGAUUGUAACAACAACUUAUCUGUAAGAAUAUUGAAAAGAAUCUAUACGUUUGUGACAGAUGUAAAAGGCUUAACAUCAUGGUAUAAUUCAAAGGAUGAAUCAUUUAUAUGUGUAUAUGGUAAAGGAUUUGAGAUAUUGGUAACUUAA